AUGAGCACAUUCACACUGCCAGGCUCCUCGCCAGAGUGCCCAGUCCACUUGACGAACGAUCUCACAAAAGAACAACUUCUAUCAUUUCCAGCCUUCAAGAACUGGUCUGAGACGCUCCAACACUCGCUUAAGCAACAGGAAUCAAAAUCACACACCUUCCAUGAGGCACCUUACAAGCUCAGACGCAUCGACAUUCAAAGUGUGGACUUCUUCGGCGGUGAACGCAUUGGUUUCAUCAAGUUCAAGGCAGAGGUCUCGAACGACAAUGGAGAAAAGUUCCCUGGCUCUGUGUUCUUGAGAGGAGGUAGUGUUGCAAUGCUGCUUAUUCUACAACCUGAUGAUGUCGAGGAAGGCUCCGAGAAAGACAAGCAUGUCAUUCUGACCGUGCAGCCCCGCAUACCAGCCGGAUCUCUCUGUUUCUCAGAGCUCCCUGCAGGUAUGCUCGACGACGCGGGUACUUUUUCAGGUGGUGCUGCGAAAGAAAUCGAAGAAGAGACUGGCCUCAAGAUCAAAGAAGAUGAACUCAUCGAUCUGACAAAGCUCACCUUCGGCUCAGAUGAGCAGACUCAAGAUGGAGAGAAGCUGCAAAAGGCAAUGUAUCCUAGUGCAGGCGGAUGCGAUGAGUUUGUGCCCAUAUUCUUGCACCAGCAGCGCAUCCCACGCAAACAACUCAAGGAUUGGCAGGGCAAGUUGACGGGACUACGUGAUCAUGGCGAGAAGAUCACUCUCAAAGUGGUGAGACUGGAGGAGCUGUUCCGUGAAGGAGGCAGAGAUAGCAAGGCGUUGGCUGCUUGGUCAAUGUACGAAGGUCUGAGACGUGAGAACAAGUUGUGA